UUCAAUUUCGAUGAUAAGAAAACCGCACGGAGAGAUUUGUUUUGCUCGACGAGUUGCGAGACGAGCGAGAGGAAAGUAGACACAAAAGGAGAAGGAGGAAAAUGUGAAUUUAAAGAUGCACGAGGUCGCGAGGGAAGUUUGGAAUCCCGAAAGAAUCGAAAGGUAGGUCGAGGUACGGUCGGCCGUCAAAACGGGGAAGAAGGAGAAAGAGGAAGGGACGUGUUCGAGAAGGAGAGUACGUUUGGAAAGAGGAAAGAGGGAGCGAGAGAAAUUUAAAGAGGGGAGGGGAGGGGGAGAGAGAGAGAAUCGGGUAGACGGUGGAAGCCAGCAUGGUGGAAACAAGCCACGAAGAGGUGAUGUAUACUUUGGAAGAGUGUAGUAUAGUGCACCAUAAUGUAGUAGGGCAUAGUUAAAGUGGGAGAAACCGUGUAUGACCGUCCUCAUCGUGAGCCAGUCCCGUGUGAACGACCGUGAAGCGAACCUCGGGCGAAACUCGAUCGAACCUUGAAGGUUUUCGUUCCUCGUAUCCACGAAUUCGCUCUCCCAUUCUUCUACCGAUUCGACCAAUUGCUUCACGGUGCGACGCGAAACCAACGUGCAAAAUACUCGACAAACGAUAAAUCGGAUCCAAUGAAUAAAUCGCUACGAAUAAUCCUGUCCACGAGUGCGAAUUUUGUGCAAGAUAUCGAUAAUAUUCCCCCAACGGGUUUGUGCGAUUGAAUUUCAACGAAAAAUCAGUGCAGUUAUGUGACACGUGUACGGCGUUGAAAAAAACCAUGUAAGAAAAGUUAGAGAUGUAAAGGGAAACUUGCAUUCUUAUUCUUCUGAAGAAAAUAUUCGAAGAAGUAACUCGCGAUUUGUGAUAAAAAUUCGUAAGAUUCGAGAACGUUUUUUUUUCCUCAAAUCUUCGAUCUCGAAGUGAAACUUUCCGCUUGUUAAUAAGGACGCAACGAGUAUGUAAUGCGCGACAUCAGCCCGCAUCGCAAGAGUUAUGACGAAAUACAAACGACGAUAUAGGAGGAAAAAUUAUUGCGAGAAAGCCGGGGCGGAGAACUCGGAGAAACGGGCGUAAAAAAAUAGUGAAAUUAAGGUGGCGAGGAUCGGCGGCGUAUAGCGCAUUGCUCAGCCGAAAAGCUGGACGAGUACACCGGACCUAUCCGCGGCCAAGUAGGUCAACCGGCGUGCGCGAGAGUGCGAGACCGAAUAAAAGACGAGAAAAAAAAGUGAUUGGGGGGGAAGGAUAAGAGGGGAGGGAGGGAAGGAAAGAAAGAAUGGUGAGACGGGGGCAUUAAUGUUUCCACGAUGCCCGACGUUUUUACUCGGCAUAGGCUUGCAAUCCAAAAUGGCGGCGAUCGGCUGGUACCGUGGCACGUUUUGCAACGAUAAAGAGUGGUCGAGCCACGAGCAUUCUUGAGGAUUGUCCUUCCAAGUGUCCUUGACCAUUAGCCUGACCUUGAUCAGGACUGAGUAGACUGAGCGACACAAGCCAAAGGAAUCGAAGGAUGAUAGGGCACGCGGAGUGGAAGGUCCUGGUGACCUUGUCGAUUCAAAUUCUAUUAUUAGGUGUCUCGGCUAUCCAAAACGAUCCAACGUCUUCUCGUUCCUCCCAAGAAGACAUGAUUCUUAGUGGAAGCGCGUAUACGGGGCCGGAAAGAACAUCGAACGCGUUCCAUCGAGACAAAUCGCCAACAUUCCAAAGGACUGCUCCCGCGUUUCAACUGGAGAGCUCGAAAAGCAUGAAUAAUUACGACAAAGAGGAGGUGAGAUUCGAGGUACGGAACACGAGGCACGAGGAUGAAUCCAUCGACGAGUUGACGUCCUCGAAACACGUGGAUCACAUAGAUGGAAACAACAUCGAGGUUAAGCCCGGCGAAUAUUACCAUAUAUCCCCAACAACGAGCGAGUCCAUGUCGGGGGAAGGACAAGGGGCUCCGCAGGAAGCAAAACUCUUGUCGGAGCCCCAUCAACUGGCUGGAGUGUCGAACCAACAGGCACAGUAUUUGCAAGCGAUAGAUCAACAAAGACGAGCUCGCCAAGAGAUCCCGAGGAUCUAUAGCGAGCACGCCCCGCCGCCCAUUCUCCAGACUGCCUCCCCAGGCCGGCAAGCAAAUCCCGACAUACAGGACAUAAUCACGGGUAUUGUCAAGUUGUUGAAUGGAAACGUGAACGUUGCUGCGAAUACGGUUAGGCCGUUGAGGCCGAUUCAAGCCACCAGGAUCAACAACAGGGGACCACCGAGGAUCUCCGAUGUUCCACCUUUGCCACCCGAUUUCGACACUCCUGGGAUGAACCCGCCCCCUCCGCCGGAUCAUCCCUAUCCUUUCGAGAAACCACCGGCGCCCGACAGACCGUUGAUCAAUCAACUGCCGCCCGAAAGACCGAUCAGACCUUUCGUGAACGGGGUCCCGUUGCCGGAGCAAAUCGUCCCUCAAGGAAAUCGUCCGUGGACUUGGAAUCGGCCUGGUGGAAAUAGGCGACCGAUUCCCCCGUACAAACCAUUGCCACCGGCAACGGAUUCCUCCGUCCUCAAUCGGGAGAAGGAGCAGGGGGACAAGAACUCGAGCAAGCAUAAACUCGAGUCGAAACCUGAACCGUCCACGGAGGAAGGUACCACGAAGAAGGAAGAGAAUGAUCAGAGCGAAGCUAUCACCCAUCACGAUAAUAUAGAAAAUGCGACGAAAAGGUACGAGGAGAACAAUGGUCAAAAGGUUAAAACCGAAUCGAACGUCACGGAAAAAGCGACGAGCGAGAACUCGACGAGGAGAGCUCCCGAAUCGGAAUAUUCCACUACUAAGAAAGAGAAUAAGCAUCAAGCAGCUUCGAAAGAAAAUGCAUCCGUGACGGAAUCGUCAUCUGGCGAGAAGAGCAAGACGAAUUUCACGAAGCACGAGGACCCUCCGAAAUCUGUAAUUCCGUUGGAGACCCCUGCGAUCAAACCUACCAAGAGUUCGAAAAUCGGCAACUCUCAAGGAUCGAGCUCGAGCAACGAGAAGGUCAACAAGGCGAAUAUAUCGAAGACGUCGACGAAAUCUUAUUCCACGUCAACGUUGAAUAUCGAGACCAGUUCCUCGAUCCAGAUAAUCGAAUCGACGACAACGAAAUCGACCGUCCCUCAAUCGACACCCUCAGCGAACGAUGACGAUUCGAUUCGCAACGUCACGUCGAGCACGAUUUCCCUGCAACCGAGCAAAUCGGCCGAGUUGGAAGGGACGAGUAUCGCGACCAGCGUUCCAACCGAGAAUUUACCUUCUCUGACUUUCGCGACGAAGGCGUCGUCGUCGUCGUCGUCGAGCGUGGAGAAAAGCAUAGCCCACAUCCCUUCGACGACCAAUACGUUCUCGAAGAAUUCAGCCCCUGCCGAUCGCUAUGCUUACCGACCCCGGCCUGGAAUCGUCCUUGACGAUACGUUGGAUUACACGGGGACUCAGGGGUUGGCCACUCAACGACCUUACGCGCCACCAAGACAUCCACCUCUCGGUGAUAUUUUCGAUGUCACGGUCUCGGCUGUUCAAGGCCCAGGCGGUGGAAGUUCAGGUGUCAGAGUGCCGGUAAACGGAGGAAAUUCGGACGUGAUAUUGACCUCCGCCGUGGAGGGGCAAGGAUUCGUUAGCAUCGACGGGAAGAGGACGUAUUUGAAUUUAUUCGAGAAUUCGGAUCGCACUUCCACGCACGUGCAACCGCAGCCUCAGCCAACUAGAACGCAACCACCAGCCAUUGUUGGUACAGGGUUCGCGGUUGCACAGCCAGAUCCGCCAACGGCAACUCCUCGGCCCAGUGGGCCUAUUCGAAGGCCGACGUUUCACAGAAGGCCGACUCAACCUCCGGUGAGGAUCGACACGUGCAUCGUGGGCGACACGAGUACUUGCGAUAUCAGCCAACACGAGGCUUGUGCCACCGUUCAAGGGGUGUCCGCGUGCCACUGUAAGCCGGGAUACGCCAGGUUGCAGCACUCUUUGCCGUGCAAAAAAAUUAUUAGCAUCGUGGUGUCGAUCAGGGUGGAUAAAAUUUACGAUAAAAAAGUCGUGUGGGAUCGAGGAUUCACCGAUCGAGAUUCCGAACCUUAUCAAACGUUGGCGUACGAGGCAAAUCGAGCUAUCGAAUCUGCUAUGUCGAUGACACCAUUUUCAGACGAGUAUAUGGGUUCUUUUAUAAAUGGAGUGUAUCAAGGGGAUGUGAGCCAAGGGCAAGGAGGUGUAUUUGUGAAUGCUACCUUGAAACUCAUUUACGAGCCAAGAACAAUUAGACCGAGCUUGGCAGGGGAGUUGCAGAGACAUCUGCUCGGCGUUAUUCACAGGCGAAGUAAUAAUAUAGGGAAUAGCGCCCUUUACGUGGAUAGCCCCCCUGGAUCUAUUUCCAACUUGCAAGAUUUGGACGAGUGUGCCUCGUCCGAACUGAACGAUUGCCAUUCCUCUGCAGUAUGCACGAACAAUUGGGGUGGGUUUACUUGCACUUGCAAUCCCGGUUUGAAAGAUCCUCAUAAAGAUGAUCUUAAUGAAUCUGGUAGGACUUGCAUUUCGUGCCCCUCGACUUACUGCAACAAUCGAGGAUCGUGCUCUUAUCAGGGCGAUCACAUGCAAUGCACGUGCACCGGUAAUUAUUACGGUGCUCAAUGCGAAGUCGAUGGGGAGGUUAUGGGGGUGGCGAUAGGAGCGUCGGUGGCUGCUUUAAUCAUUAUAGUUUUGACGCUAGUAUGCCUGGUGAUGUGGAGUCGAAGAUGGUCGCGCGAACAAAAAACGAUUGGUUCUCCGGUGUAUGGAUACAUUCAGGGUGGUAUACCUGGCACGCUGCCAGGAACUUUGGCAAGGGUCGGUUCCGUGGGCACCCUUGCUUCCGUGAAACAAGGGCCACCGACCAAUUUGCCACCCUACAUGUGGGCACAUUUCGGUGAUCACAUGGCGACUGCUAACGUAUACGCUACGGAACCCAUGGGUCCAACGCGGCCAAGUUCCGCCGUGUUCGGGUAUCCGCCCAUCAAUAUCCACGGAACGCUGCCACCACCAGUUCCGCUGCCGAGGCUUCAAGCUCCGACGAGGCCGCGACAGAGACACCAGCCAGAUCCGGACAGCUCGGAUUCUGAACCGCAGGACAAGGACAGGGCUGAUCUGAUCCCCCAAAACAGCGGUUUUCACGUUCCUAGGCCAAAGUCUAGAUCAUCCCUGGCAAAUCAAAGCGGGAUAUACAAUGACGUGGAAUACGACCAAGGUGAUGUUCACCAUUUAUCGAAAAACAAUAUUCCGAUGUCUACUUACAGGCCGUACUAUCGAACGUGAGAACCGGAGAGACACUUAGCUAUAUUUUUUUAUUAUAAAGAUGUGAAAGAAGGAUACAGAUUUCGUCCAGAUCUAGACACAUUUAGAUAGAUAUGAUUCUGAUUCGAGAAAUCUAGUUUCUGUAAGUUUGUUUAAAUAAUAGAGAGUUGAAGAAUAAGGAAAGAAAAGAAGGAAAAUUAAAUUAAUGCACGUUAUGUACGUUCACACCAAUGUUCGCAUUUGUUUUAACUUCAAUAUCACUUAACUUCUUAGCUACUUAUUUGCUAUUCUAUAAAUAUUUAUUGCCCUAGUGUUAUCUUCGAAAUAAUCUAAUAUCUUGCAAAAAAAAAAAGAAAAAGAAAAAUUCAGGCUGUUUUUUCUAAAAAUUUAUAAAAUGAAGGGUGCAUACUGAACGAUUGGUAUUAAUAAAAUAAAUGCCCCUUAACUAUUAAUUAACUUAAUACCUAAUUGUUAGUUAUUUAUAUCAUAGGAUACAACGAUAAUUAUCGAUUAAAAGACGAUGCAAUUCGAUACGAUAAGAAUUUUUAAUCCGAUUGAAUGAAUAUUUCCAAUUGUCAUCCUCUUACGAUCAUUAUCUAGGAUACUUAUGGCAAACAUUGUCGCGUGUAUGAUAUAAUUUGUUAGAAUUUUUUUUUUAAAAUUUAUACAAUAACUAAAGGACAUUAUGCGAAAAAAUUAUGUAUAAAUUAUACGAUCUCCUUACGAGAUAAAAAAGUAAGGAUCGAAGGGCAGUACAUAUACAAAAUACUCGACAACGCGUGUAACGCGUUGCGGGAUUAGUGCGAUAAUUGAACAUGUAACUUUUAUAAUUAUUCAUUAUAUAUUUUUGCAAAUUGAAUACAAUAUACAUUUGAGAAUUCA